CAGAGGGUCAGGGAGAGCGAGAGAUCGUGUUGGAGGGAAUAGGUGAGCGGUUAAUUUAAGUCUUUCAAGAGGAGGUAGCUUGACGGAGAAGGGUGCGCAGGUUAAGCGAAUCUGCCUUUCUUUCUUUUCUUAUUAGCAGGUCUACGUUAAGCCAGAAGCUAUAAGGAGAGAGAUUUAAAAAAUUAGGUUGAGAACAAGUCAUCGUUCAUGAUCCUCGAUGUCGAAAGUGAAGCAUCUGCUAAGAAAACUCCACAUCGGCGGCGGGUUUAAUGAGCACCAAAGGCUGGUUGAGACCCGGCCCGUGUUGAAUCCGAGCAUUAACCCGAGUCCGAACCCAUCUCCGUCGGCUUCGUCUUCCGGUUCGGGAACAUUGGGGAGAACCGGAGCGGAGUCGGCGGUUGGUGAUCGUACUGAAGGGGAAAGUGGAAUUGAUUAUAAUUUAUUGGAAGAAGAGUUUCAGGUACAGCUGGCUUUAGCGAUUAGCGCGUCGCAUCCAGACGUGAGAGAGGAGGCUGAAUCGGUUCAGAUCGACACUGCUAAGCGGAUGAGCCUUGGUUGCCGCUCGGCUUCAGUCACUGAAACUGAUGCUCUCGUCGAGUUUCUAUCGCUUCGAUAUUGGAGCUAUAAUGCUGUAAAUUAUGAUGAAAAACUUGUGGAUGGGUUUUAUGACGUAUAUGGAAUUACCUCAAAUUCAGUUACACAAGGGAAGAUGCCAUUGUUGGUGGAUCUCCAAGCAUUAUCCCUUUCGGGUAACUCUGAUUACGAAGUUAUUUUGGUAAACCGGCUGAUUGAUCCUAAACUUCAAGAGCUUGAGAAAAGAGUGUAUAAUUUAUCAGUAGAGUGCCAACUUUGUGAUCUUGGUCCAAUUUUAAGUGGCUUGAUUCAGAAAAUUGCUGAUAUUGUUGUUGAGAGAAUGGGUGGUCCUGUUGGUGAUGCUGAUGAAAUUUGUAGAAGGUGGAUCUCAAGACGUUUCAAGUUAAGGAAUCUUCUGAAUACAAACAUUCUUCCCCUUGGUUGUCUUGACGUUGGACUUUCACGACACAGGGCCCUUCUUUUCAAGGUGCUAGCUGAUAGAAUCGGUCUUCCAUGUAUGUUGGUCAAAGGAAGCUGCUAUACUGGCACUGAUGAUGGAGCUGUGAACUUGAUCAGAAUUGAUAAUGGAUGUGAAUACAUUAUUGAUCUAAUGGGUGCACCUGGCACAUUAAUUCCUGCUGAGGUACCCAGCAGUUAUCUCCAAAAUGCUGGAUUAGAUGCAAGGGGUUUCCCUGAUCAUACUGAAACCUCUGGAAUUUCUCAAUUGGUGCUUGACAAACGAAAUGAACCUGUUUCACCUACCCUGGAUAGUAUCCCAGAAAUUGGCAGCUCAAUGUCAGAGGAUGCUAUAAUUGUAGGUAAGCAGACAAAGGAUGAGUUAUACUUUGCUGAUAAAAAACAAACCCAGAGAUUUGAGCAAGAGUUUGGGAAUCUUUCUCCCUCAUUACGUAAGAUGAGUGACAACUCAGCCAGCACUUAUGUGCAAAAGAAGAAAGUUAAAAAUGUUUCCAAAUAUGUCAUUAGUGCAGCCAAGAACCCAGGUGAACAGAAGGUGGUCCAUGUAGCGAGUGGAAAAAAUGUACAUAAUCAUGCUCACUGCCAUUCAGAUAAAGUUUUGUCAAGUUGUGAAAGGUUUUUAUCCUCAGUUGGAGCGGAAUCAUCUAAUGGUCUAGAUUAUGCUAAUAAACAUAAACAGCAAACUGAGUGGUUUGCUGAACACCAAAUAAAACUGGAACCAAAUGUCAUUAAAUCUGAACUUUCUUUGUCCUCUGUAACAAAUGAUGGAUUUGUUCUUGUUGGCAAUGGAGCUAAUGAACCAUUACCAACCAAUCCUACAGGUGUAUAUACUGCUCAUUUUAACUCCCCUGGAGUUGGUGCCAAAGCUUUGCAUGAUAAACAAACUCAUGGAUCUCCCUUUCCUCCCGCAACUGAGUUAUGUCAAAGGGACCCUGAAAAUGACUUGGUCAGUGAUUGUAGGGUGGUGGAAAGGAUUUUCAAUUACACUGAUAUGCAUACAGAAUCUACUCUGGAGUCAAUGAAAAUGAACAACGGUGGCCUGCCUAUCACUUGCAAUGGUCACAGUGACAAAAUUAAACCAUUGUUGAUGGAGGUUGCAGAAUGGGAAAUUCCAUGGGAGGAUCUUCAGAUUGGUGAACGCAUUGGGAUUGGCUCAUAUGGUGAGGUCUACCGUGCAGAUUGGCAUGGCACUGAAGUUGCUGUGAAGAAGUUCUUGGAUCAAGAUUUCUCUGGUGAUGCAUUGAUGCAGUUUAAAUGUGAAGUUGAUAUCAUGUUGAGGUUGAGACAUCCCAAUGUUGUCCUUUUCAUGGGAGCAGUUACCCACCCUCCUCAUUUCUCAAUACUGACAGAGUUCCUUCCAAGAGGGAGUUUAUAUAGGCUACUUCAUCGUCCCAAUCCCCUACUUGAUGAAAAGAGGCGAAUGCGAAUGGCUCUCGAUGUGGCCAAGGGAAUGAAUUGCUUGCACACAAGCCAUCCUACUAUAGUGCAUCGAGAUUUAAAAUCUCCAAACCUUCUUGUCGAUAAGAACUGGGUUGUUAAGGUUUGUGACUUUGGGUUGUCACGCAAGAAGCACCACACUUUUCUUUCUUCAAAAUCUACUGCUGGAACGCCAGAAUGGAUGGCGCCAGAAGUUUUACGGAAUGAACGGGCCAAUGAGAAAUGUGAUGUGUACAGCUUUGGUGUAAUAUUGUGGGAGCUGGCUACCUUAGGAAUUCCCUGGAAAGGUUUGAACCCAAUGCAGGUAGUUGGAGCUGUUGGUUUCCAAAAUAGACGUCUUGAAAUUCCAGAGGACGUUGAUCCAGUAGUUGCCCAGAUAAUAUGUGAUUGUUGGCAAACGGAGCCACAUUUACGGCCGUCUUUUGCAGAUCUAAUGUCCCGUCUGCGACGCCUUCAACGUCUGUGUGUAGAUAGAUCGAAUUCUAUAGAUGAACUGCAAGAGUCAUGAAGAGUAAUUUGGUGUAAUAAUAUUCCCGAAAGAGGUUGAUUCUUUGCUCGAAGAGCAAGAGCAGCUAGAAGUUUUUUUCAUUUGAUAUAAAGAAAUUUAGGAGAAUACUGAAGAGGGAAGUGUUGGUUCAAUCAAAGUGGGGGCUCAGCACAACCCGUUCAGGACUACUGCAUGGACAUCCUCCUCAUCAAGCAACUGCAUAAGAGCAGUGGAGGAUGCCAUAAACUAUAAGUGGGUAGGUAUCAGUCAAUCUAAAUAUUAAUGCUUCAAAAGAAAAUUUUAAAAAAGAAGAAAAAUAAUGAUUUUUUUUUUUUUCAAUUUUCAACAACUGAUAUAUGUGGAGGUCUUGUUUGGGAAAGCAAUCCCAACUCCAGAAUUGUAAACAUACGAUCUCUGCAUGUUGUUGUGGAAAAAGGAAAGAAGAAAUAUUGUCUGCGUUC